AUGACAGUGAACCUGCUCCUGCCAUCGCAGCAGCGGCAGCAGCAGCUCCGCGCCCUCCUGCGACGCCACGCCGUUGCCGUCAUCAAGCGGCGGCGCUACCGGGCCCUGGCCCUCUUCGCGAUCGUUGUGAUCACGCUGGCGGUCGCGCUGCCGGUUAUGCUGGUCAGGAAGCGGGAUCAUGAGAGGGCUGUUGAGGAGGAUAAGAGGACACCAUCAAACCUAACCAAAGCCCGCGUGAACCUAGGCUACGCGCAGUACCAGGGGUCGCUGGUCGGCGCCAAUGCCGGCACGGCCCAAUUCCUCGGCAUGCGGUACGCGGCGCCGCCGACGGGCGAGCGGAGGUGGCGCGCGCCCGUGGAGCCGGAGGAAGAGGAUGUGGGGGACCACAAGGCUGAUGUUUUCGGUUCAAUAUGCCUAGGCAUCAGCACGCCGUACCCAAAUGCCUUCGGCCAGGACGAGGACUGUCUUUUCGCCAACGUGUGGGCGCCGGCUAACGCGACGGCGGAGUCGAAGCUUCCUAUAUGGCUUUUUAUACAAGGCGGUGGCUACACGGCCAACACCAACGCCAACUGGAACGGGACCGCCGUGGUCGAGCGCUCGGGCGGCAACAUCGUCUUCGUGAACUUCAACUACCGCGUCGGGCUGUGGGGGUUUCUCGCCAGCGAGCGUAUGCGCACUCGCACUUACACCCACGACAACGACAUCGACAGCAGUGGUGAUGACGAUGAUAGUAGUAAUAGUGAUGGUGAUAGUAGUAAUGGCAGCAAUGCUGGUGACCUCAACGUCGGCCUCCACGACCAGCGCGCCGUCAUGCGCUGGGUGCGCCGGCACGCGGCCCAGUUCGGCGGCGACCCGGACCGCGUCGUCAUCCACGGCGCCUCCGCCGGCGCCGGCUCCGUCGCCCUGCAUCUGCUUAUUUCCUACACCCCCAACACCAACACCACUAACGAUAUUAAUGUCGAUGACGAUUUUAACGACGACGAUGAUGGUGUUGAUGUAGAAGAAGAAGAAGAGGAGGAAGAAAAACUCUUCGUCGGCGGCAUCGGCGAGUCCGUCUUCUUCCCCGCGCAGCCCUUCGUCGCGGAUCUCGAGUGGCAGUUCGACCGCGUGCUGGCGCAGACGGGGUGUGACGACAACGACAACGACAACGACAACGACCCGAUGGCGUGUCUUCGCGGCAAGGACACGGCGACGCUGCAGCAGGCGGCUAACAUACCGUCGGCGUUUCCGGGACGACCAUCAUCAUCAUCAUCGUCGUCGCUGCCGCUGUUCUACUGGACGCCGUGCGUUGAUGGAGAGUUGCUGCGCGACUUGCCGUACAAACUGUUCGAGCGCGGCGAGUUUGUGGAUGUGCCGGUGAUCAUGGGGACGACCACCGACGAAGGCACAGUCUUCGCCCCCUCCGCCUCCAGCGCCGCCGAAAUCUCCACCUUCCUGCAGAACAACUACCCGCACCUAACCCCCGCGCAGGCCACCUCCAUCACGGCGCAGUACCCGCAGAGAGCGUUCCCCUCGCAGCCCGCCCACAACGCCUGGUUCCCGGCCGCCGCCGCCGCGUACGGGGAGGCCACGUUCGUCUGCCCCGCGACGUACAUCCUCGACGCGGUUCGGAACCGGUCGCUUUCCACCAGCACCAGCACCACCGAUACCAAUACCAAUACCAACAGCAGUAAAAGCCAAGCCUUCUCCUACCGCUACGACGUCCACGACGCCCCCAACACCGCCCUCGGCCUCGGCGUCCCGCACAUCUGGGAGUCCUGGGCCGUCUUCGGCCCCGACAGCCUCCUCCCCCCCUCCUCCUCCCCCUCCGCCCCCAACACCGGCCCCAGAAGCUACUACACCUACGCCGCCCCCGUCGUGCACCCCGUCAUGGACUACUGGAUCUCCUUCGUGCGCACGCUGGACCCCUCGGUGCUGAGGGAUGCGGAGGGGGGGGUGCCGGUUUGGGAGGCCUGGGGGGAUAGUAGGGGGGGGAGGAGACUGGUUAUGCGGGCGAGUACGGAGGAGGAGGGGGAGGAGGGGGGGGAUUAUGGGUUUAACUUUACGAUGGAGACGGUUCCUGAGGAGCAGCGGAGACGGUGCGAGGGGUGGUGGGGGCUGGUGGAUGCUAUGCAGCAGUAG